AUGGAGAUUAUUAAACGACAAUGGAGAGUGUUAGACUACUUUGUCUACCUCCUUUCUUUAAUGUCAGUUGUCGUUUUCAAUUGCUCAGCUGCUCUAGUUGAAGAAAUACCACUCGUCAAGGAACUAGCCGAAGAAAAGACCUUAAACACAUACAUUGUUCACGUCAAAAAGUCACAACACUAUGGACUAUAUGUUCAUUCAACUAAGGAUUUGAACACUUGGUACGAGUCAUUUUUACCUUCUACUACCACAAGCUCAGACCAGCACACACGUAUGGUUCACACGUACCAUAAUGUGGCCACCGGGUUCGCAGCUAGAUUGACGGCUGAGGAAGCCAAAGCCUUGGCGGCCAAAGACGGCGUCGUUUCAGCUCAACCGCAGCAAAUCUUUUCUUUACAUACUACUCAUACUCCUAACUUUUUGGGACUUCACCAAGGGUUGGGAUUGUGGAACGAGUCCAAAUUAGGCCAAGGUGUCAUUGUAGGAGUUCUUGACACCGGCCUCUUCCCGGACCAUCCUUCGUUCAGUGACGAAGGAGUCCCACCUCCGCCGCCUAAAUGGAAAGGCACGUGUGAAUUCUCCGGCGGUGUGUGUAACAACAAGCUGAUUGGUGCUAAGAAUUUUGUUACUGAUGCUAAAACUGGGGUCACUCAAAGUCAGCCUCCUUUUGACUCGGAAGGACAUGGGACUCACACGUCGAGUACCGCUGCUGGGAACUUCGUCGCCGGAGCUAGUGUGUUCGGAAACGCCAAUGGCACCGCUGUCGGUAUGGCUCCGUAUGCUCACUUGGCGAUGUACAAAGUAUGCAGUGAAGCAGGUUGUUCAGAAGCUGAUAUUUUGGCUGCGCUCGACGCUGCUGUGGCUGAUGGCGUCGACGUUCUUUCUCUCUCCCUCGGCGGUGGCUCAGCUCCUUUCUUCGCCGACUCAAUCGCCCUUGGUGCCUUCGCCGCCACCCAAAAAGGUAUUUUUGUCAGCUGCUCGGCCGGGAACGAAGGUCCUGAUUACUUCUCUCUCUCGAACGAAGCUCCUUGGAUUCUCACAGUUGGAGCCAGCACCAUCGACCGGAAAAUCAGUGCCAAUGUGAAGCUCGGAACUGGAGAAGAACUCGAGGGAGAGUCGCUGUUCCAGCCUAAGGAUUUCGACCAAACGAAACUGUUACCACUCGUCUACCCCGGAGCUAAUGGUAACGAGUCCGCUGCCUUUUGCGCAGCGGAUUCGCUCCAAAGCGAAGUCGUGGCAGGAAAAAUCGUGGUUUGCGAUAGAGGUGGUGACAUAGCUAGAAUUGACAAAGGUGUAGAAGUGAAGAGAGCUGGUGGCGCCGCCAUGCUUCUGUUGAACCAACAGACAGAUGGGUUCACUACUUUAGCCGACGCUCACGUUCUUCCGGCGAGUAACGUGGCCUACGUCUCCGCGUUGAAGAUCAAAGCUUAUCUAAACUCAACGUCGUCACCGAUGGCUACGAUCUUGUUUAAAGGAACUGUGAUCGGAGAUUCGCAUGCUCCAUCAGUGUCUUCGUUCUCGUCCAGAGGUCCAAGCGCCGCCAGUCCUGGGAUCUUGAAACCAGACAUUGUAGGACCCGGCGUCAGUAUCUUAGCUGCAUGGCCGUUUUCGGUAGACAAUAGUUCAAACGCACCGUUUAAUAUGAUUUCAGGUACUUCUAUGUCUUGCCCACAUCUCAGUGGUAUAGCAGCUCUGCUGAAGAGUUCUCACCCUGAUUGGUCUCCGGCCGCCAUUAAAUCUGCCAUUCUCACUACUGCCGAUGUCAACAACCUCGGUGGAAAACCCAUUUUGGACGAAAAGGCUUCCCCAGCAGACAUUUUUGCCACCGGGGCAGGCCAUGUGAACCCCUCCAAAGCAAACAAUCCAGGUCUUAUCUACGACAUUGCACCAGAAGAUUACAUACCUUAUCUUUGUGGAUUGAACUACACCGACGAGCAAGUCUCUGUCAUCACACAACAAUCGGUAAAAUGCUCUCAAGUGACAAGUAUACCAGAUUAUGAGCUGAACUAUCCCACCUUUUCUGUAAUUCUAGGCUCAGACCCUCUGAAAAUUACAAGGACUGUGACUAAUGUGGGCGGGCCUACCUCUACUUACACUAUAGACUACGUUGAACCGGCUGGAACUAAACUUGGUUUCGACUCUGGAACACUUAGUUUCACAGAAGUGAACCAGAAGAUUAACUAUACUAUUACUAUUUUCCCAGUAGAUAGACCUGGGAGCACUGCCAAGGGCUUUUCUCAAGGAUAUUUGAGAUGGGUUUCUGAUAAGUACUCUGUUAGAAGCCAAAUAUCUGUCAUAUUUGAUUAAGAGUGAAGUUGCGAUUUGAAAUUUUCUCUUUGAAGAAAAACAAAAAUGGAAUAACUGAGGAGCCCAUUAUAGGAGCUAGUCUAAUAGAGU